AUGGAACCACGCGAGUGGAACCAGAUAAGUGGAACCAGGCAAAUGGAACCAAGGAAAUGGAACCAAGCAAAUGGAAACAAGCGAGUGGAACCAGGCAAAUGGAACCAAGCAAAUGGAACCAAACGAGUGGAACCAGAUGAGUGGAACCAGGCAAAUGGAACCAAGGAAAUGGAACCAAGCAAAUGGAAACCAAGCGAGUGGAACCAGGCAAAUGGAACCAAGCAAAUGGAACCAAGCAAAUGGAACCAAGCGAAUGGAACCAAGCAAAUGGAACCGAGCAAAUGGAACCAAGCAAAUGGAACCAAGCGAGUGGAACCAAGCAAAUGGAACUAA